AUGAAAAGCUUUCAAAAGGGCUACCUGGAGCUCAAUUAGAUAUGGCUUAGCAGAUAGUACUAAUUUAAAUUAAUUCAGAGAAUAUGAAGCACAUCAAAAGCGAUUGGUACAAUAAAGAAAAUUAACACCUCCUAGAGAUUCAAGGAUUUAUGAAUAAGUUAAGAAAACUUAAUUUUUAAACAAUAGAAAAAGAGAGUUGAUGAAAUGGUAAACAAUUUAGGAAUAAAAUUCUUAAAUUUUAGCUAGAUUAGUAAAAAUUAGCAAUCGAUCUCCAACCGUAAUUAAUUAAAUUUAAUGUAUAUUUAGCCUCCAAGCUAAUGUGGAACUCCAAGAGGACGAAGAGCUUUGAAAGAACAAAAGCUCAGAAUAGAGAGUGAGAACAAAAGAUUACAUAAUAAAUUAAUUGGAAUGUAUAAUCUCUUGUUUUUAAUGAUAAAGUUAAUCAGAUUUGAAAUAAGAGAAAUUUUAGGAAUCAUUUAUGAAACAUAAGAAAAUAUAAAAAAAUAUGCAAAGAUUUUACUUUGAUCCAAAUUUACAUAAGAUAAAGUUAAGAGUUGAUGCAUUUUUAGAUAAUGUUAAUUCGUAAAGAAUACAUGAAAGAUCUAAAAGUCAAUAUUAGAAUUCGAAAUCAUCAAGAUUUGAUCAUUCACCAUUUAUGAAAUUCAGAACUGUAAAUUAUUCUUCUUCUAAACUUAGGGAGUGAUGUUAUAAAAAUUUUGA